AGCGGUUCCGGCCAGAGAUAUUGUACGAUCUGCUUUUGGGCCGCCAGUGUCUUUCAACUGGCCAGUUUCUGCAUCUGCUGGACUUCAUACACAAGGAGAAACUCGACGUUGGCAGUUUUGACCAUGAAACUGCGCUCUCGCUCUACACCAAGACCCAAAUGCAGUGCUUGCUAUACAGGCAAAUAGUGCGUCCUCCUGUGGAUUUGGGGCAGUUUAUGUGGGCUGCUGAAUGUCGCGGGACGCUUUUUGUGGCCACUAGGCUUUAUUUGGUGGCUGUGAACGUGAAGUCGCUUGAAUUGGCCGAAAACUCGUUCUGGGUUCCGAAACAAAGCGUCCCGAAGCCGCAAGAGACGAUACUGCAGGUCCAGACCAUUGGCCACUAUAGUAUGGUUGCACUCGGCUGGAACGUGAACGUGAUUGAAGGAGACCCAAUUAAAAUCAGGGUUUUCAAUGAUCGCGGAAUUGAGGAACUCGAGUUCGACGACACCUUCAAGAACCUUCGGCACAUCCAGGACGCGAGGAACGUGGCUUGUAUGAAAUGGAUGGAUUCAGAGACCGGAAUUGCAGGUUUCGAGCGCAAAUUACAGGGCUACGGUCGUUUGAGCUGGUUGCACAAAAACAUUAGGUCGAGGGCCGUGAGCAUCGAUAUCACUCUGUAUCAAAGCCAGUUGAUGGUGGCCAUUGGUUACAUGAACGGAACCGUUGAGAUUUAUCGGGAGAAAGACGAAUAUAUCGAUCAUGCGUACGGCGCAAGUGUCCGCAAGGUGCAGUUUCUGCACGUUGACAGUCGGCUGUAUUUGCUAGUGAGCGGUCUGGCAAAUAAGCUGGUUUUGUUUGCAGUCGAUGACGAUCCACGACAGCUGUUUCCGCUAGUUGAGUACCAGGAGUACGAGCACAGCUUCUCCACGCAAGAGAACUUUUACGUGCACCAUAGCCAGCAGUUUUUUGUGGUCUACACGGACAAACACAAGAAAAUCAAGGUAUACUCCAUCUUUAGCGCAUGGCCACUGCGAGAGUUUGACCAUUUGCCGUUGUCGAGCGGCAGCGAUCGUUUUCUUUUUGUUGGCGACUCGAUCGUCUCUCUACAACAUGAUAGCCUGGAUAUUUUCAGCUGAGAAAAAAAAAAAAAAAAUCCUCUGAAAAUAUUAUUACUCACUCUUGGACAUCUAACAUCAUGGGACCUAGAAAAGCAGGAGUUUUGGGCGCCACGGGUUCUGUUGGUCAGCGGUUCAUUCAGCUCUUGAGCAACCAUCCUCAGUUCGAGCUUGCAGUUCUGGGGGCCUCGUCGCGGUCCGCAGGCAAAAAGUACAAAGACGCUGUCGACUGGAAGCAAACCAGUCUGAUGCCAGCCGCUGCUGGCGAGAUCGUCGUCUCCGAGUGCACAGUGGAGGCCUUCAAGGACUGCGAUGUUGUUUUCUCCGGUUUGGACGCGGACUACGCCGGUCCGAUCGAAAAGGCGUUCAAGGAGGCCGGCUUGGCUGUCAUUUCGAAUGCGAAAAACUACCGCAGAGAAGAAGACGUGCCGCUUGUCGUGCCGACCGUCAACAGUGAGCACUUGGCGAUCAUCGAAAAGAGGGUCAAGGAUGCUGCUGCCGCUGGCCAGAAGAGACCCGGUUUCAUUGUUUGCAUCUCCAACUGCUCCACCGCCGGUCUGGUGGCUCCACUGAGACCGCUGGUCGACAAGUUUGGUCCGAUCGAGCUGCUUACGACCACCACCAUGCAGGCCAUCUCGGGUGCCGGCUUCUCGCCAGGGUUCCCCGGCAUCGACAUUCUGGACAACCUGGUCCCAUACAUUUCUGGCGAGGAGGAGAAGAUUGAGUGGGAGACUAAGAAGAUUCUUGGAGAAAUCGCUGAUGACGGCAACAGCGUGAAGAACCUUUCCGACGACGAGAUCCGUGUUUCUGCGCAGUGCAACAGAGUCGCUGUUUCCGACGGCCACACAGAAUGCGUUUCUGUCAAGUUCAAGAACGGCGCGCCUUCCAUCGAGGCGAUCAAACAGUGUCUGAGAGAUUACCGGUGCGAGGCCACUCUUCUGAACUGUCCGUCUGCGCCAAAGCAAGCCAUCCACGUGCUGGAGGAGCAGAACCGUCCUCAGCCACGGCUCGACAGAGAUAGAGACAACGGAUACGGUGUGAGUGUCGGCAGGAUCAGAAAGGAUCCUGUUCUGGACGUCAAGAUGGUCAUUUUGUCGCACAACACCAUCAUCGGGGCUGCCGGAAGCGGUGUCCUCAUUGCGGAAAUCCUCGCAGCAAAGAACGUUAUAUAGAGCAGUACUAGCUGAAAUAGGCUGAAUUAUAGUUUGAAUGUUCGAGUAGAGAC